AUGACCGACACCGGGUUAAGCUCCAUCCACUUCUUGGUGAUCCCAAUUCUGACUAUAUCAAUGCCAACUACAUUGAUAUUCGGAUAAACCGAGAAGGCUACCAAAGGUCUAACCACUUCAUAGCCACGCAAGGCCCCAAACAGGAGAUGGUCUAUGAUUUUUGGCGGAUGGUGUGGCAGGAACACUGUUCCAGCAUAGUGAUGAUAACAAAGCUGGUAGAAGUGGGAAGGGUUAAGUGCGCCAAGUAUUGGCCAGAUGACUCAGAGAUGUAUGGAGACAUUAAAAUUACCCAGAUGAAAUCAGAGACUCUGGCAGAAUACGUGGUGAGGACAUUCGGCAUGGAAAGGCUGCAGCGCUGGCACUGGACGGACAGGUUGCUACAUUGUCCUGGAUGUGAUGCUGGAUAUGGCUGAGUGUGAAGGAGUUGUAGACAUUUACAAUUGUGUGAAGACUCUGUGCUCACGGAGAAUCAACAUGAUUCAGACUGAAGAGCAAUAUAUCUUCAUCCAUGACGCCAUAUUAGAAGCUUGUCUCUGUGGAGAGACCAGCAUUCCCAUCAGUGAGUUCAGACCUACAUACAAAGAGAUGGUUAGGAUAGAUCCACAGAGCAAUUCAUCUCAGCUGCGGGAGGAAUUUCAGCAGACUCUGAAUUCUGUAACACCCCACCUGGACGUGGAGGAGUGCAGCAUUGCCCUUCUACCACGCAAUCGCGAAAAAAAUCGGAGUAUGGAUGUGCUGCCUCCAGACCGGUGCCUCCCUUUUUUGAUCUCCAUGGAUGGAGACAGCAACAACUACAUCAACGCGGCCUUAACUGAUAGCUACACCAAGAAUGCUGCUUUCAUUGUAACCUUGCACCCCCUACAAAACACCACAACAGAUUUCUGGAGGUUGGUAUAUGACUAUGGCUGCACCUCCAUCAUUAUGCUAAACCAGCUCAACCAGUCCAAUUCUGCCUGGCCUUGUUUACAAUAUUGGCCAGAACCAGGUCUCCAGCAAUAUGGGCCCAUGCAGGUGGAAUAUAUAUCUCGGUCAAGUGAUGAAGAUGUUGUAGCCCGUCUUUUCCGGGUGCAGAACAUAACACGGUUACAGGAAGGACACUUGAUGGUCCAGCACUUUCAGUACCUGCGGUGGUCAGCCUACAGAGAUGUUCCAGAUUCGAAAAAGUCUUUCCUGAAUUUAUUAGCCCAAGUAGAGAAGUGGCAAGGAGAGAGUGGCAAUGGCAGGACCAUUGUCCAUUGUUUGAACGGAGGUGGACGGAGUGGUACCUUCUGCGCCUGCACCAUGAUCCUGGAGAUGAUCAGGUGUCACAAGCUGGUGGAUGUUUUCUUUGCCGCAAAGACCCUUCGCAACUAUAAGCCAAAUAUGGUCGAGACCUUU